AUGCCCAGUCACAGAAUAGAAUUCUUGAGAAUGUCAAUUAAAAUACUUUUCUUAUUACAAAUUACAACUGGAAUUCUUGGAAAUGUCUCUCUUUUUUUCUUCUAUCUUGUCUACUAUACAGAACAUAUAUUAAAGCCCACAGGUUUGAUUCUCAUGCAUCUAAUGGCAUCCAAUGCCUUGAUAGUUCUCUCUACAGGAGUUCCCUACACAAUGGCAGCUUUUGGGAUGAAGCAGUUUUUAAAUGAUUUUGGAUGCACAUUCAUAUUGUACAUUCAAAGAGUAGGCCGGAGUGUGUCCAUUAGCACCACUUGUUUCUUGAGUGUCUUUCAGGCCAUCAUCAUCAGUCACAUGGAAUCCCGUUGUAAAGAUCAAAAGGUAAAAGCUGAAAAGUACAUUGGCAGCAUUAUUUCCCUUCUUUGGGUCUUGUCCAUGAUUAUACAUUUUAUUUUCUUGGUGUACGUACUUGCCAAAGGGAAUAGCAAAAACACAACAAGACACCGAGAUUAUGAGUACUGUUCCACUAGAGGACAUCAUGACAUCAAUGACUCACUCUAUGCAGCAUUGGUAGUGUGCCCUGAAAUCUUCUUUUCUGUGCUCAUUGCCUGGUCUAGUGGUUCCAUGAUUGUGAUUCUGUACAGACACAACCAGAGGAUUCAACAUAUCCACAGCAGUCAUGUUUCCAGGAGAAACUCUCCAGAAUCCAGAGCCACCAAGAACAUUUUGGUCCUGUUGUCUACCUUUCUGGCAUUUUAUACUGUCUCUUCUGUCCUACGAGGCUGUAUAGCUCUUUUGUAUGACCACAGUUGGUGGAUGCUGACCAUCACUCGCCUCACGUCUCUGUGUUUUCCAUCCUUCGCACCAUUUGUUCUUAUGAGUCAUCACUCUCUUAUAUCCAGACUUAGUUUGUUAUGUUAUAAAAUCUCCUAA